AUGUUUUCACAAUUGUUAUUUGUUUGUGUAGGUGCAUUGGUUGCUACUGUUGUUCAAGCGAGCAUCCUUCAAAAUGAGCCAAGAGAUGGGGUUAUUGCAUUAGAUAUGCAAUUUGACACAGUCUCAACAGAUUUGAUAAAAAGACAAGUUGGUGAACAUGGUUAUACAUUUUCUAUUGGCAGUCUUCCUAAAAUAACCUUACCGAUUGGGUCAAAUAAAGAUGAAGUUUCAUUAUUUGUCGAUACUGGAAGUUGGUUAACUCAAGUACCUGAUGUUGCCAGUAAGUGUGAUAGGUGUUUGUUACCAAAUGGUAAAGUAGGUUUAUAUGAUGUUAAGAAAUCUACAACUGCAAAAAAAACGGGCAGAAUUUUAAAAUCUAGUUUUGGUACCAAUGCUUAUUUUAAUGGAGAAGGUGUUAUUGAUGAUAUAUGGUAUGGUUUGAACUUUAAAAUUCCAGGAACUUUAUUUAAUGAUGUUAAAGAAAUUGGAUCGGUAUGGUCAAAUGGUAUUCUUGGACUUGCUAAACCUCCAAAAGGUGAUGAAAAUCAAAAUAUAGUAUGGAAUGCUUAUAAAGCAGGAUUAAUUUCUAAACCAAUUCUUGCUAUAAAUCAAAAGAACCAAAGUGCUAGUAGCUUGCAAUUAUUUUUGGGUGGUUAUAGUAAGUCUCAAAUGACUGAAGAUUACACUUGGACUUCAAUUAAAGACAAUAAUUUUGUUGGUCAUGUGGAUUUUGUUAAUAUAAAUGGUAAUAAAGUAAAAAUUAAUCAAACUGUAACUUUAGAUACAGGAAAUUAUGGAAUUUCUGUCAGUAAAGAAGUUCAAGAAGCUCUUUUAGACGCUUUACCUUCUGAUCCAUUUAAUUACUGGGGUAUGGUUUCCUAUGAUUUGAUUAAAGAUAGAACAAUGACUGUAAGUAUUUAUGGUAAGAGUUAUACUAUUCCAGUAUUAGCUUUUACUGGGCCCGAUUGUGUACCAGGUGCUCAGCACUGUAGUUAUAUGAUUUAUAUUUCAAAAGAUUGGAAUUGGGGAUCUUCUUUUUCCAGAUUUUUAAAUUUAGCUUUAAGGUAUGAUGAAGGUUCUUAUAUAGGUAUUGCAGGAUGGAAACCAUCAAAUACAAAUGAUAUUGUUGCUUUUUAA